CAGCAUCUCGAAUUGAUCGUUCGAUUGCAUCCGUAACAAACCGUGCCGCUCUAGUUUCAAGACAUUUUGCUACAACAGCUACCCCGCCAUCUUCCACAAUGUCCUACACCGUCCGCAAGAUCGGCCAGCCUUACACCCUGGAGCACCGGGUGUACAUUGAAAAGGAUGGCCAGCCUGUUUCUCCCUUCCACGACAUUCCUCUCUAUGCCAAUGCUGAGAAGACCGUCCUCAACAUGAUCGUUGAGAUCCCCCGCUGGACCAACGCCAAGCAGGAGAUCUCCAAGGAGGAAUUCCUCAACCCCAUCAAGCAGGACACCAAGAAGGGCAAGCUUCGUUUCGUCCGCAACUGCUUCCCUCACAAGGGUUACCUCUGGAACUACGGUGCCUUCCCUCAGACUUGGGAGGACCCCAAUGUUGUCCACCCCGAGACCAAAGCCAAGGGUGACAACGACCCUCUCGAUGUCUGCGAAAUUGGUGAGCUUGUCGGCUACCCCGGCCAGGUCAAGCAGGUCAAGGUCCUCGGCGUGAUGGCUCUUCUCGAUGAGGAAGAGACUGACUGGAAGGUCAUCGUCAUCGAUGUCAACGACCCCCUUGCUCCUAAGCUCAACGACAUUGAGGACGUUGAGCGCCACCUGCCCGGUCUCCUCCGUGCAACCAACGAGUGGUUCCGUAUCUACAAGAUCCCCGACGGAAAGCCAGAGAACCAGUUCGCUUUCUCCGGCGAGGCCAAGAACAAGAAGUACGCUGAGGAGGUCAUCCACGAGUGUGCCGAUGCCUGGGAGAAGCUUGUCAGCGGAAAGUCGGACCGUGGGGACAUCAGCCUUGCCAACUCCACCCUUGGCAACUCUGACAGUGUCGACUCCUCUAAGCUUGCCAGCAUUCCUCGCGGCGAGAACCUCCCCCCUGCUCCUAUUGAUGGCACCAUUGACAAGUGGUUCUUCAUCUCCGGUGCUGCUGUGUAAGUUAAUGACGAGCAAAAAUUAUAAAUGUUAGCUUUUGCACUAGCGGUUGAAAUAUA